AUGCCUCUUGAGACGCUCCAGACCCUGCAGGACCUGGAGAUCACGGGCACAGAAGGAUCCCAGCAGGACGACACGCAGUAUGUCGUUGGAAGCGAUGAACAACCAGCCCAACCCUUCCGUCCGGAGGACCCCUCCGCUCCGCACCAAGCGUCACAGGCACACUCGUCCGACCAGCCCCACACCUCGCCCUUCUACCCGCCACUAUUGAAUUCAUUCGGAUUCGACAGCAGCAGCGCGAUACCGAUCGACCCGGGCCUUUUGGAUGCUCGCUUUGACCAUCCGGCAGCCCCAGGGCCGGGCGGGGGCGGUGUCGCCGGGUUCCACCAAGACCCAUGGGUAGCCCAGCCGGCAACUUCUGUCAACAUAGACAACUUCAUGGUGUCUCCCACGUCCUUGCCGCAGUAUACCUCUUCGAUGCCUCUUGUUCCUGGGAUGACCAGCUUUGAGCCCAUGGUGAGCACCGCCUGGUCGAUGGAUGGCAGCUUAACGUCGACAUCAACAUCCAGAGGGCCCACGAUGUCAUCGAGCUUGAGCGUACCUGGCACGUCGACCCCGGCAAGCAGCCACAGCCCGAGCUCUCCGGGAAAGGGGAGUGCCGGUGUGAUCGGACCGCUCGUCGCCAGCAAGGGAGCCAUGCCGAUUCACCUGGGGAUGCAGGUCGAACCACGGGCGGAUGAUAAGCCCAGCAAGAAGAGGAGGCAGGCACCCGGCCCCGUCGCGCCACCAGAGACGAGCCUUGAGAAGAAGAGUCAUCGAAACAAUUCAUCACCGGGGUUUUCUACUCCGCUGGUCCCGAUCGCCCCAGCCACAACCGCUGUGGCCGCGGCCGGCGACGGCAACCAAAAGAACAAUAACAAAAACAGCGGCAAAAGCAGCGGCAGCAGCAGAUCCAAACACCAGCAGACAUCGACGAAGACGACGACGACGACGACGACGACAAAAACGAGCAACGCCCCCUCCAGACCUCUCCAAGCGGGGCCAUCCUCGCAGCCCCCAACAAUGCCAGCACGACCACAGCAGCAACAACAACAAUCAUCACCACCACCACUGCCAGACCCGCGAGCGCGCAACCGCGAGGCGGCCAACCGGUGCCGUGCCAAGAGCAAGGUGGCCGUGGCGGAGCUCGAGGCGACGGAGCGGGCCAUGGGCGCCGAGCACCAGGCGCUGACGCAGACGGCGCGGUCGCUGCGCGACGAGGUGCUGCAGCUCAAGAACCAGCUGCUCAUGCACGGCAACUGCGACGACGGCCUCAUCCAGCAGUACCUGGCCAACUCGGCGCGCAUGGUCGGCAGCGGGGUGCUGGGGCCGCCUGCUAUGCCCGUCACAACCACCACCGUCACCACCGGCGGCGGUGGGGCCCCGAUUCCGCCGGUGCCGCCGCUGGUGGUCGCGCCUGGCGCUGGCAGAAGCAGCAGCAGCAGCUCCUCGCGCGCGAUGCUCACUGCCUCGCCUCCUCGCGUGCCGCCUGGUGUGGUGCCUCCCCCAUCCGCCCCUGGCGCUGGGUCGACGGCAGGGCGUGGUCAUCGGAAGGGUGAUGCGCGGAGGUAUUGA